AUGUCUCCAUUUAACCAAAAAGUUGUGGUGAUGUGUAUGUUAAUGCUAUUAUCGGUGCAGUACGUUCCUGGUGUUCAUUUGAAUGUUGUUAACUCAACUGAAAAAAAUCUUUUUAGAGUUCAUGUGAAUAUUGUUAACUCUUUAGAAGACAAUUUAGACUUAACUCUUCAUUGUAAAUCUAAAGACGAUGAUCUCGGAGCUCAUCUUUUGCAUCAUGGUGAAGGCUUUAGUUUCAACUUUCGUCCUGCAUUUAUUGUUGCUCAAACAUUAUUCUUUUGUUCCUUUGUAUGGAAUGGUGAAUUACAUUGGUUUGAUAUAUACAUAGAUGGUGAUAAUGUGAGAGCUAAUUGUGAUUAUUGUAAUUGGAAUGUAUUCAAAUCAGGACCAUGUAGAACUCCAGAACCAAAGUCGCCUACACAAACACCUAUUUGCCUUCCGUGGAAUAAGUCACAAAGAAUGUAG